AUGAUGCCGGCAAUGGUUGCCUCCCAGAGCACAGCAUCGACAACGACGAUCGAUUUUAUGCAACAAUGGCUGGCCCAAAACCUGACUCUAAUGCAAGGAAGCGUGAUCACGGGCGAUGCAUCACUGACCACCGUCCAACUGGACUGCAACGCACAGUCGACUGCACAAUGCGACUCCUCUGGCAUGGUCUGGCCAAUAACAGUCACCGUUGGCGAGUCUAUACAAGGCUUAAACUAUGAUAUUACCAGCUACUUUGGUAGCACGCUCUUUAUUGUUACAGGGGCUGGAGUCUGCACCGUCACGGAUGGCUCCAUGGGAGCCAGUUGCUCUUUAUCCACCAGCUCAUGGUUUAGCAGUGGUACUACCUCCAAUUCGUCAUCGGUAGACAAUAGUGCCUUCACUAUAUCCCCGACAAUCAGCUAUGUUACCGUGGACGUGACUUCAGGACUGGAUAAACUCGCGCAUUCAGCCACUACUACCUCUGCAGCGCCUGCCAGCACGGCGACAACAACUUCAGCAACACAAACAAGCUCGCCGACCGCCACAGCCACCUCCACUUCUUCGCCUUCAUCUUCCUCUUCCUCCUCCAAAGCCUGGAUUGCUGGUGCCGUUAUUGGUGCCGUGGCUGGAGUUGCUUUGAUCGGGGCACUCGCAUUUUGGCUCCUUCGCCGCAAGCGCAAGAACAACUCCGAUGCCGAAGGCGUGGGUGCCGGUUCUGCGGGGGCUACAGAUGCCGUAGCACAGCAAAAUACACGAGAAAUGCAGGGUAACUGGCAGCCUUCAGAACUACAUGGCGACCUUGCGCCCACAGAGCUUCCACCGGAUACAUCAACAAGGGCAGAGUUACCCGUCACUGAAGCACAGGCGCAGCUCGAUUUUGACAAGAAGCAACAAAUGGAACGAAGCCAGGCAUCUGAGCUGCCAUAG